AAACCACUCUACGUCUCCUAGUCUGACAACGAACGACAGUAAUCCAUCCAACCAUGGCCGAUAUUAAGCCUCCUUUUACCGAAGAGACGGCCAGAAAGAAGGUCAAGGCUGCUCAGAACAUGUGGAACACCCAGGAUCCCUCUCGAGUCGCACAAGGAUACACCCCCACUUGCAUCUGGCGUAACCGUACCUUCUUCUUCUCGGGGACGGACGACAUUGUCGAGUUUCUCACGGCCAAAUGGAAGCGCGAGCACAACUAUCGUCUGCGCAAGGAGCUGUUCGCUUUCCAGGACGAUCGCAUCGCGGUUCAAUUCUGGUAUGAGUACCAAGAUGCGGAUGAUGGGAUGCGAUGGAAGAGGUGCUAUGGCUUGGAGGAUUGGACUUUUGAUCGUGAGACGGGGAAGAUGUGCAAGCGUAUGAUGAGUGGGAACGAUCUGUUGCUCGGGCCGGACGGGAAUGGGGACGGGCGCUGGUUUGUCGACGGCGUUGAUGUCGACGAGGUCCCUAUCAGCCAAAAACAUUGGUGAUGAUUUAUGUUGAAUUUAUCUAGUUUUUGUUGUUAGGUCUUGAUAUGCAAAGAUGUUAUUUCUACCUGGAGCACGUCUCGGGGCAGGCAGCUGAGACCGGGUCACCCACCUUGGAAGUAUAUAUUCUGAACUACCCUGGUAAGACUAUCGGUUACCUGUACGCCGAA